CCAGUCUCUCAUGAAUAUUGAGCGGCCCCUGUUGUAUUUCCCGAGCUCCAUUGCGGAAGCCGAGGCUCGCCAUAUUGUGCGGCGGCGCCGGCGGUUGAUCCUCGAGUCUCGCUCCGGCCGCGGCCAGCGCAGCCCCGGGCUGGGGCAGGAGCCGCAAUGUCUCAGGCUGUGCAGACAAAUGGAACUCAACCAUUAAGCAAAACAUGGGAACUCAGUUUGUACGAAUUACAACGAACACCUCAGGAGGCAAUAACAGAUGGCUUGGAAAUUGUGGUUUCACCUAGAAGUCUACACAGUGAAUUAAUGUGCCCAAUUUGUUUGGAUAUGUUGAAGAACACCAUGACUACAAAGGAGUGUUUACAUCGGUUUUGUGCAGAUUGCAUUAUCACAGCCCUUAGAAGUGGCAACAAAGAAUGCCCUACCUGCCGGAAAAAACUGGUCUCUAAAAGAUCACUAAGGCCAGACCCAAACUUUGAUGCACUCAUCAGCAAAAUUUAUCCAAGUCGCGAUGAGUAUGAAGCUCAUCAGGAGAGGGUGUUGGCCAGGAUCAACAGGCACAACAACCAGCAGGCGCUCAGCCACAGCAUCGAGGAGGGGCUGAAGAUCCAGGCCCUGAACAGAUUGCAACGAGGCAAAAAGCAACAGAUUGAAAAUGGCAGUGGAGCAGAAGAUAAUGGUGACAGCUCACAUUGUAGCAAUGCGUCAACACACAGCAAUCAGGAAGCGGGCCCCAGUAACAAACGGACCAAAACAUCUGAUGAUUCUGGGCUUGAACUUGAUAACAACAAUGCAACAGUGGCAAUUGAUCCAGUAAUGGAUGGUGCUAGUGAAAUUGAAUUAGUAUUCAGGCCCCAUCCAACACUUAUGGAAAAGGAUGACAGUGCACAGACAAGAUACAUAAAGACUUCAGGUAAUGCCACUGUUGAUCACUUAUCCAAGUAUCUGGCUGUGAGGUUAGCUUUAGAAGAGCUUCGAAGCAAAGGAGAAUCAAACCAGAUGAACCUUGAUACAGCCAGUGAGAAGCAGUACACCAUCUACAUAGCCACAGCCAGUGGCCAGUUCACUGUGUUAAAUGGUUCUUUUUCUUUGGAAUUGGUCAGUGAGAAAUACUGGAAAGUGAACAAACCCAUGGAACUUUAUUAUGCACCCACCAAGGAGCACAAAUGAGCUUUUAGAAAUCAAUUCUGAGACUGAACUUUUUAUAGGCUUUUCUUUUAUUAAAGAUGUUCCAUCAUUACUGUUAUGGACAGAUCUGGGAUAUGUUCAGUUUUCUUUCUGAGCCAGACUUGUUUACACUAUUAGAUUCAUUUCUCCUUAAUUUAAGACUUUUUGGAAGGGACUCUAGUAAUUCAGCACUCCCCGCCCCCUUAAUAGUAUAACUAAGUUAUAUGCUUAUAGGAAGUGUGGUUCCUUUGGGGAGGACACUUAGGCUUGGAGUUUUUCACAGUUCUCUAUUCUUUUCUUUUUCUUCCAGUUUUUGAUCUUUUGAGAAAGGGUCUUAUUAUAAAGCCCUCGCUAGCCUCAAACUUACUGAGUAGACCAGGCUGGCCUUGAAUUUGGAGUGAUACUCCAUACUGGGGUUAUAGGCGUGCAUUAGCAUGCCCGGCUUAAGGUUCAGUUGGCCAUCAGCCAUCUUUCCUCCUUUUAAAAGUUUUUUUAAUCUAAAGAAUGUUAGACAAUAUGUAUUCUGACUUUUUUCCCUUGGAGUCUUGUAUAUUUAUAGUUUUCUAUAUAAACUGUAGUAUCUUCAUGAAGACCGAGGCUCAAAUUUACUGUGCUUAAAACAAUUCUCAUAGGAUUAUUAUUUUCAUGGUAUUUUCUUACAUAAUGUCUCAUUUAAAAAGAGGUUCUUUAUGAACUUGGUAUCCAUUGUCAUGCAAUGUUUUUUGUUGUUGGUUUUUUUUUUUUUUUUCAUUUGUUUUCACUAUAAGCUUAGAAUUUCUGGUCAUGGGGAAGAGAAUCAAAGUUCCUUGAGAACAUGGUUCAUUUACAGAUUUCACUCAAGGAAGAAAAGUUUAAGUUGGUGAUGAUAGGUAUUCCUAUGUACAUUUAAGAGUUCUUUUCUUCUGUAUUAGUUUUUACUGUUCAGUUUUAUUAUGUAUGUUUGAUGCUUUUCUCUAUUAAAAAUACCAGAGAUACGGAGAUAUUUUGCACUUUAGCCUUGAUGAAAAGUACAAGAUAUGUUCAAAGCUUUUCUUAAUUUCUUAUGAAUUCAAGAAUAACAUGACACAUAGAGUUAAAAAUGGAAAAGAAAGGUUGCUUUUGUUUGAAGAGUUCUUUGUGUUUUGAAUUGCCAUGUGUUUAUAAAUUUAGUGCGCUGCUAAUUACACUCUAGAAGCAGGUUAAUGGAGUGUGAACAUUGCUUUGAUAUAUUAUGAGACAAUUCUGUAGAAGGAUGUCACCCAGUUGGGUAGUCAUUCAAAGAUCCUUAGUUUUGUAUUGAGAAAGUGUUGCUAGUUUGGGAGCCACAGGCUUUAUGGUGACCAGUCAGACUUAUGUCUUAUUUUUCAUUUUUGUCCUGAUUCUACAUGUCUCCAAGUUUAUAGUCUCACAGUAUUUACAAAGACAUGUUUGCAUUGAGAAAUUUUUACCCAGUUGGGUUUGUUGGAGGAAGUAGACCUCCAAUACCAUUGUAACUAAAGUCUGUCUAGUCAUUAUAACCACUUAUCUGUCAGUUUAGACAGAUUGGGCCAGCUUGAUGUUUUAAAUCUUGAGCCAAGUAUGAAAACUUUAAAGGCUUACUCAAUUUUUUACCAUUUUAUUGAAAAUAUUUGAAAUCUGUUUUUACAAUUUUUUUGGAAAUCUGUGCCAUAAGAUUUGAAAACCACCAAAAAUUAUAAAAACUUUUCUAUCCAGUUCCUUUUCUGGGGUGAUGUUACAUUGUAUAGAUUAUUAAUGCAUGUCCGCUAAUAGAACUCUUGUUUUGUGAUGUAAUUGCUUAGAUUUUAUUGGUGACAUAUUAGAUUAGUGGUUGUAUUAAAUAACUAAAUUCUCCUUGUUAUUAAUUGAAAUUUUAUCUUUAAGCAGAAAGUUAUUUGUGACUAUAAGCUUUGUGCUUAGAGAAUGUAUGUGUUUUUAUCUGUCAGUAUGGGAGCACAUAAACUGUUUGCAUCAUUUA